AUGAUUCCCUCGUUGGCAUGGUUCGUUUCGGCCCUCCCCUUAUUGAGUUGGAUGUGCACCGCACUUCCGGAACACCACUUUGUCGAGAAGAGCUCGAUCCGACGUCUGCCACGGGGAUGGUUCUACCAUGGAACUCCUUCCCCUCGCACUCCCAUCACUCUCCAUUUUGGGCUCACCCAGCCUCACUUUCACCAGAUUGAAUCUGCGUUGCUUGAGAUAAGCGACCCAUCCAGCCCUCGAUGGAUGCAGCACUUGACCAAAGAAGAGGUCGAAGAGUUCUCCGCUCCUCACACAGACAGUGUCAUCUUGCUCGAAUCUUUCCUUGUCUCGCAUGGCAUAGACAUCACAGGCGAUGCGCUCCAACGGACACCCGCAAAUGAUUGGAUCUCACUCAAGACCACCAUUGGAAUUGCAGAGAAAUUUCUUAACACAACCUAUUCAAUAUAUGUGAACCACGAGACUGGGCUCACUGCGAUUCGUACAACGUCAUAUAGUCUUCCUGCCCACCUUCACGACCAUAUUGACGUCGUUCAGCCUACGGACUAUUUCCCUUCUGGUCGACCUCUCUUGUCGUCUUUGAUAGUUGAUGAUGGCUCCCUCAACCAGCGAAGCGCUUCCGCCUCAGCACCGUUACCACAGUUAAACAUGUCGCUCCCACAGCUCAAACAGCUCUAUCACACUGAUGCGUACAAGGCUAAAGGAACGCGAAGUUCAAUCGGUAUCGCCGGGUACCUCGAGCAAUAUGCAAACCUUGCUGACCUUAAACAGUUUUAUUCCCUUUUCUAUCCUCCAGCGGUGAAUAGUACCCCUCAUGUGGAGCUUAUCAACGGAGCGAUCAACUCUCAGAACAUUUCUGAGGCUGGCGUCGAAGCUAAUUUGGAUGUCCAAUUCACGGGAGGGAUCUCGUACCCUCUCAAGCAAAUAUUCUACAGUACAUAUGGUCGCGGCGAAAAUACGAACAAGAGCGUCAGCUAUCAGGACAACGGGAAUGAACCCUACCACAUUUUUCUCCCUUACCUCCUUGGGAAGAAAACGGAGGAUCUUCCCCUAGUGUUGACUUCCAGUUACGGUGAGGAUGAGGAUACAGUUCCAAUCGAUUACGCCCGGCGUGUGUGCAAGCUUUACGCUGCACUGGGGUCGCGGGGUGUUAGCGCUCUGCAUUCCUCGGGCGAUGGCGGCGUAGACGGCGUAGGCCACGCGGGGGGAAGUGGAGCUUGUUCCACCCCCAAUAGGUUCGUGCCUGUCUUCCCUGCUGGAUGCCCACAUGUCACGACUGUUGGGGCGACGUACCAAAUUCCCGAAACAGCAUGGACCUCCUCAGGAGGGGGAUUUAGUAACUACUUCCCCUCCCCACAGUACCAACAUCGUGCGGUAUCAAGCUACCUUGAAACACUCGGAAGUGUGUAUGAAGGACUGUUCAACAAAAGUGGGAGAGCCUAUCCUGACUGUGCAUCUCAGGGCUAUCGGUGUUCCAUCGUGUAUCAAGGGGAAGUCAAACAUGCCUCCGGUACAAGCGUUUCAUCACCCACUUUUGCUGCGAUAAUUGCGCUCUUAAACGAUGCUCUACUCUCCAAAGGUCGUGGACCUCUCGGAUUUCUCAACCCAUGGAUUUACUCUCUCGAACCAGGCGUCCUGAAUGACAUUACUACGGGUAGCAACCCAGGUUGUGGAACGACAGGGUUCAAUGCCACGAAAGGUUGGGACCCUGUAACUGGAUUUGGAACGCCUGAUUUGCCGAGACUUCUCAAGGCACUCCAGCUUUGA